CAGUGUGAUUGCAGUACUGUAUAUAAUACCUGCAAUUGUUGCGAAAUUACAGACAGAAAAAUGAACAAAAAACGGCAAUUUCAACCAGAAAUCUUGUUGCCAUGUGAAGCAGAAUUCGAGAAAAUGUUCUAUCAUAACAAUACGAUUCUACCGGUAACAGUUUUGGGUCAAAAUGGAAUAUCAGCAGAUUUUUAUGCAGAACUCAUAAAAACAUAUUCUGGACACAUGACUUUGGAUGUUAGAAGAUUGUCUGAUUAUGGUGAAAUUGCAAGCCCAAUUACAGAAUAUCCUGUAUCGUUAUACAAAACUAGUUCAAGUUUCAAGUUGAUGAUUAUUCAAAAUAAUAAACAUGCGAAUGCGGUGUUAAAGAGAGGUUCUGCAGGGGAAAUUAAUGUGGUAUUGAAAGACGUUCAUGUGUGUUCAGGAAGUAAUUUUGAGACCCUAAAACCACAAGAAAAACUGUUUCAUGUAACAGUAAAAAAUAAGGAAGGAAAAUAUUCUAAAAACACUUUUCUAAGAGCAACUCCCUCUGGGAACUAUGAAUUUAUUUUAGAAAAGGAAUUUGAAAAAUUGCAAAAGGAAAUAGUCAAUGAGUUUCUGGGUGACAUAAACGAAUGCCCCACUUACUUGUCUAGAAGCAUAUCAGGAACCUUCGUCAUAGAUUUUGAUGAAGAUAGUAAUUGUAACUCAAAUUGUCAUAAAGCAUUAUUAAAGAAGUCUGAUUCAGGAAGUGUGAAGUUAUUAGUCAACGUUCCUGACACAAAAAUUUGUAAAAAACAUAAAUUAUCAACUACCAAUCGUACACUAUUUGAAAGUUUAUAUGAAAAGUUAUUAACUUUCUCGGAAGACCUUGUUAAGGAAUCUCCUAAACAAAAAGAUUUGCAUAGAAAUCUAGAAUGCGGGUUAAAAUUAGAUACCACUAUAAGAAUAAACAUCCAAGAUCAGAGCCACUUUGUAGCUAAGCUUUUUGUCUGCCUAAAUAAAAUGUCUCCGGGACAAUACUCUGUUAUUUUCGAGAAUAAAACUGAAGAAUUGUUUAUUGGUAAUUUGUUGACCACAUGGCUUGGUCGUUUACCUAUUCAGAAGUCGACGGCGAAAGAACUCACCGUAUACUUAAAUCAAGCGGGUGAAGUUAAAAAUCAAUAUGGUUGGUUAAAAAUGUCUUACAACGGUAAAAUACUAGUGGUGGUUGACAAACCUUCAGAAAGUGUCCAAACUGAUUCCGCAGGUUGUGAAAAAGGAAUGACUACUACUUGCCAUCUCAGUACCGAUUGUUAAA